CGUUAUUUGGGCCGCAGCUCGUGAGGAAGUGCGUGGCGUUCCCGUGAUCCCUUGCGCCGGAACGCGUUUGUUCCGUAGGGCUUCACUAUGGCUAGCGACGGGCCGCCGGGCGCUGAUUCAAAUGUAGACUUUAACGCAUGGACUCACGGCGAGCUGCAGGCCAAACUGGCCGAGUUUGGAGCACCUAAUAUGGGUCCCAGAGAGGAGCUCAUAGACAGACUGAAAUCUUAUGCACAGUCUGGGAUGAUUUUAACUAAGCCGAACAUGUCAGGAGGAGAUGCCAAGAGCAUGACUACGAUGCCAGGUCUGCCGCCCAUGCCCCCGAUGCCCUCGAUGCCCCUGCCGCCGGGCAUGAACAUGAUGCAGGCCAUGAACAUGAUGGGGGGCCCUCCACCCAUCCACAUGGGCAUUGAGCCGCCCGGCAUGAUGCAGCACGACGACAGAGCCGCGCAGGGUGAUGCACGUGUGAUGGAUGAGCAGAUGAAGGAGCAGGAACUCCUAGAGCAGCAGAGACGGGCUGCUGUGCUUCUGGAACAUGAGAGGCAGCAGGAACUUGCUAAAAUCCAGCAGGGGGCGGCUCCAGGCCCCAGAGGACCUGAACUGGGACCACGACCCAACCUCCUGCCCCCCAUCCCGCCUCUCAGAGUUGGGACUCUUAGUGGCCCCGCCCCUCCAGGUGUUUCUAUGAUGCCCCAAUCUGUCAAUCAGCGACAGAAAGUCCCGCCUCCUCCGGGGGAAGACGGCAGAGAGUCGUGGCAGGGUGAAGAUGUCGGCAUCGGGCCGAAGAUUCCUCAGGCUCUGGAGAAGAUCCUGCAGCUGAAGGAAAUGAGACAGGAGCAGCUCAGCAUCGCCCCUACAGAGGAGGAUAAUGAUGAACACACCGGCGAGAUGGACAUGAACCGUUCCUCUGCCCGCGGAUUCUCCGAUGAGGACGAUGAAAGCGGUCUUUCUAAAAAAGACAAAAACCGCAAGCGCAGGAACAGGAAGAAGAAGAACAAGAAGAAGAGGCAGCAGGAAAAGGAGCAGCAGGAGGAGGAGAAAAAGAAAGAGGAGAGCCGUGACAAGGAACCCGAGGUGGAGAUCGAGUAUGUGACGGAGGAGCCUGCGAUCUACGACCCAAGCUACAUCAUCUUCAAGAGGAUCUUUGAGACGUUCAAGCUGACAGAUGAUUUGAAAAAGGAGAAGGAAAAGGAGCCAGAGAAGCCCGAAAAGCCAGAAAUCCUUUCAUUUAAGAAGAAGGGGUUUGAACUGGAGAAGAAAGACAGCGAUGACAGCGACGAGGAAAACAAGAAGGACAUGCCCAAGCUGUCCAAAAAGAAACUGAGGAGGAUGAACAGGCUGACGGUGGCAGAACUCAAACAGAACCUAAAAAUCUGUGAGAUCUUCAUACUUAUCUGUGUGUGUGUCUUUCAGGGCUGUUCCUUUGGCUAUCAUGCGGGCGGUUGGGGUAAACCUCCUGUGGAUGAGACGGGCAGACCGCUGUAUGGAGACGUGUUCGGAACCAACGCCAUAGACUUCCAGGCCAAAGCAGAGGAGGAGGAAGUAGAUCGAACCCCGUGGGGCGAGCUGGAGGCGUCUGAUGAAGAGUCAUCUGAGGAAGAGGAGGAGGAGGAGAGCGAUGAGGAGAAACCAGAUGAAACGGGUUUCUUCACACCAGCAGACAGCGGGAUGAUCACUCCGGGUGGCUUCUCCUCCGUUCCUGCCGGCAUGGAGACUCCAGAGCUCAUCGAGCUCAGGAAGAAGAAGAUCGAGGAGGCCAUGGACGGAAACGAGACGCCUCAGCUGUUCACGGUGCUGCCGGAGAGGAAGGCGGGGGCGGUCGGGGCUGCUAUGAUGGCGUCCACACACAUCUACGACAUGUCUACGGUACGACUGCGUGCAAGAGAUGGAUGCGUGUCUCAGUUCGUUGUCUCAGAGCAGUUUUGUUUCGAUAAAUUCUUGGUACAUCCCUAAAGAAACGCACAGGAU